AUGUCCGAGAACACAGGCCAGGCGGCCCGAGAGCCCACGAAAGCAAAAUCCCGCAAGACCGAUCCGAAUGCUCCGAUCCGGAAGCGACGAAAGAGAACGGUGGUAAGCGGUGCCCCAGAUGACUGCUUCACCUGCUCAAAACGAGGCGCCCGAUGCGACCGACGCCGACCCUAUUGUUCCCAGUGCCUCGAGCUUGGCCGCGAAUGCUCCGGAUACAAAACUACGUUGACAUGGGGAGUCGGAGUCGCAAGUCGAGGGAAGCUUCGGGGUCAGAAACUACCCGUGAUGGAAUCAAAGGAGGAUGCUAGAGCGAGCACCGCAAAGGAACAAGAACCGCUACCUUCCAAUAGUCAGAGCCAGCCGCCGUCGCAAUCAUUACCGGCCAACCCAUCCUCCGCACCGGCCCCGACGCAGCUACCUCUAUCCGAGACACCAACCCCGCUCAUCGAUGUUGGAGGCUUGAAAGCAGUUGAAUCAGAUACCCAGCGCGCAUCAGAGAUGCCAAACUCGUCAAAUAUGUCGAAUAUGCAGAAUAUGCCUGAUAUGUCGCGGACCAUGGCCUGGACGAUGGAUAUGCCAGAUCCGCACUCAUGGACCAACAUGACAACUGCGCCGCCGCAAAUAUCAGGACUACCGCUACCUAGUCGACCAAUGGUUUCUAAUUCUCAUCGACUGAGUCCAAGUAUAUCGGAAGCUUCCAUGCACUAUGCCCCUACACUAAGCCCCGGGGCCUCUUUUACCACACCUGCUUGGCCCGUUGCGAGGAACUGGGCCGUCAACAAUGCCACGCCACCCUCACAAGAUGCAGAUGAGGAGCUGGAAAGAUACGAGCGCGACCAAUUUGUGUGGAAUGCCGGUCAUUCGCCCUCAUACUCUCAAUUACUUUUGGCGCGGUCUAUAGGUCGUACCCCUCGCCUUCGGUAUCUAAUCAGCUACUAUACCGAGGUCAUCGCUCCCAUGAUUGUUGCCUUUGACACACCCACGAAUCCAUUCAAAACCCAUAUUCUUCGCCUGGCUCUGGGAAGUGAGGCUCUCCAAGAGGCUAUUGCGACCUUGGCAACCAGUAACCUCCGCCAGCGCCGGGAGAAAAACCAUCACUCCACAGAGAGAACUCUGCCAGCGCGUAUGUCAGGACUGGCCCACCGCGCUCUCACAGAUGAACUGUUUCAAGAUACAUAUGGUAUCUCAAUGUCAGAGGGUUAUGCGCGAGAGGAGAACUACCAUCGUGGAAUGGCAGUGAAGGCAUUGAAUGCCGACCUUGCCGAUCCACGCCGCAGGCUAUCAGACUCGGUGCUAGCAACAUUGCUUAUUCUCUGUCUGUUUCACGGCUGUGAUACCGGUGUUGCUGAAUUCCGGACUCAGUUCGCCGGUGUGACAAGGUUACUUGCGAUUCGCAUGCGACAUUCUCGUGUCGUGACGGACGACCUCAAAUGGUUUAUUCGCAUGUUCUCAUGGUUUGAUACCCUCACCGCCACCACCAACGACCGAGAUGUCCAGCUUCGCGGUAAAUGCUUGGAGAUCAGCUCUACGACCGAUGGGGAGUGGGGUUUAGAAAAUCUGGCAGGCUGUGACGGCCGACUGUUCAAGCUCAUCUCCCAGCUUGGCCGACUGAAUCUCCUUAGCCAGGAUCAAGAGCCUAAUCUCGCUCAACCGGCCGACAUGAAUGUCCCCACUACAUCUCUCCCACCUAAUAUGCUCUUCCCUGGCUGGGAUACGGUUGUUCCUACUGCCACCGCCGCCAACACUAUCCCAGGAUCAAUGGUGGGGGGGGCCCGACUUCGGAUUCUCCAUGCCAACCCCGCCACAAACUCCUCCUCGGGGUCAUUCUAUGUGGCCAAUGAAAACCUUCAGGAUGUAUACCAAAUAUCUGAGUGUUUCCGCCAUGCGGCGCUUCUCUACUGUGAACGCCUAGCGGAGCCCAGUCUUCCAUCCAGUCAUCCGCGCAUCCAGCAUCUCGUCUAUCUUGCAAUGCACUGUCUCUGUGCCGUCCAGUCCGAUGUAUACCUUCUCUGGCCUCUAUUCAUCGUUGGGUCAGAGUGUAUCCAAGAAGAUCAUCGCGAUGCAAUCCGCCGCCGCUGCAAAGACAUAUCUAAAGACUCGGGAUUUGUGAAUAAUAUUUCUUGCCUGGAACUGCUGGAACGGAUCUGGGCGGAUCACUCUGAGGAGUCAUCCUUCCCAGUCUAUCCCUCUGGGCUGGGCCCCCCCCCGACGCUAAAUGCUGGUGGACCUCCUAGCUCUCAAGCUUUCCGCUGGUCUCGCGUUAUGCAGGCCAAACGAGGCGGCGGAGAGUACAUGGUGGCAUAA